AUGGCGAUCCCCUGGGGCGGGAUUGCCGCAAGGGCAAAGCAGCACUUGCGGGGCGUGGCUGUUGCCGAGAUCAAGGAGACGUUUUCCGAGCUGGUUCGCGCAAACAUUAACACAUAUAUCGUAACAAUAAUCGAUCUGUGGAGCGUCGAAGACUUUGACUACACAUCUGCGACCCAGGCCGACUUGACGCGGAGCGCGCAGACGAUUUACGUCUGCGAGGCUGUCCUCGCCGACCUGUUCAAGGCGUUCUCAACGACGCCGGCUACUACGGCCAGCCCGGAGCAGAAGGGGCGUCAACGUGAUGUCGCCGCUUGA